AUAAAAGGAAGGAAGGGAGGAGGGCCAGGGCGCCUGCCUUCUCGCCUUCCUGCUCGUCGGCUCGUUUGACGCGAGUUGCGGCCUCAGUCCCUGCCGAGGGAAUCUGGUUUUACAGGCCCAAUCAGCAGAGCGCCACCGAUUGAUCCUCUCUUUUGCGGCUUUUCUCCUCCUCCUCCACCUCCAUCUCCCCAUCUUCAACCAGAAGACAUCCCUUUUUGCUGUCCCCACUGCAACAUGAAAAUAAAAAAAUAAGCCCACAAGGGGAGACCUCCUUCGUCCCUCCUCUCAUAGCCCACGUUUCCCACUCCCAUCUCUCAUUCCUUGUCCGCUUGCUUUGCUCUCAACCACAUUCUAAGGCUGCCAUUGUGGCCGUUUAGCCCAAGAAGCAACGCGUAUUUGUUCUUUUGUUUUUCCCUUUUUUGUAGUAUUGGUGGUUUCUGUAGUUGAGGCCAUGGCCGUUGGAGUCUUUGUACACCUGCUGCUGGUGCUGCUUGCUGCAUCUGUUGUCAACCAUGGAAGCUGCUCUCCUGUGGAUUCAAAUGUCUCAUCAACCCUUGUACCAAUUGGAGGACAAGUAAUAAGACCAUUUUUCAACGAAAGCAGGAGGCGACUUGGGAGUUUUCAGAUUUGUGCACUCUGUACAUGCUGUGAUGGGCCAAGGCGCCUCUGUUUAGUGUCUCCUUGCUGCUACGCGAUUACCUGCAACAUCCCCAACAGACCAUUUGGGUUCUGUUCUUUCGUCCCCAAAACCUGUAACUGCUUCGGAUGCAGUCUUUGAUCUCAACUCCCCCUCUUUCUUCUCCCUUUUGAUCUUGGGAAUUUGUGAUGGUGUUGUUGUAAGGAUCGAUUGAUGAAAUCCUCUUUUUCGUCUUUGUUUGGUAUUCAUAAAGGGUUGGCAUUGUGUUGCUGCAGUCUUAAUACAAGAUUUAUUUCUUCUUGGCCUGGUUAA